CCCCUCGCCGCGAUGUCACCUCUCUGGGAGCCACGGCUCUGGCUCAGCCCGCUGGGCCCCCGCGUCCCAGGGUGCUCUCGCCGACGCCCCUCCCCGCCUCGGUUCCCGGGUUCAGCCUGGCGGGUCACACUCCCGCGUGGCCUUUGUCAGCGAGCUUCCAGUGAGCAGAAGCAGCUCGUGUCCCAGUGAUUGGGGGACUGGGGCAGGCUGUGUCCUCGAGCCCGCACCACUGGCCCAGGACGGUCAAGUUGGAGCCCGGUGAUGCCUGAAUUUCUUGCUUCUGGAAUCGAACUGGAAUUUUCUGGAAGUUCCGCUCCAAGUACACGGUGCACGUCAGAUCAUUUUCAAAAAAGCGUGUGGAGGUUAUGGAUGAUAAGCCCAGUCCUGGACCGCUGAGUGAGACUUCAGAAUUUCUCUUCUCCUUUGGAGUUAUAGCAGAUAUUCAGUAUGCUGACUUAGAAGAUGGCUAUAAUUUCCAAGGAAACAGACGGCGAUACUACAGACACAGUCUGCUCCACUUACAAGGUGCUAUCGAGCACUGGAAUACAGAAGGCAGCCCGCCCCGCUGUGUACUUCAGCUUGGAGACAUCAUUGACGGAUAUAACGCGCAGUAUAAAGCCUCUGAAAAGUCGCUGGAACUUGUUAUGAACACAUUCCAGAUGCUUAAAGUUCCCGUUCAUCAUACAUGGGGGAACCAUGAGUUCUAUAACUUCAGCAGAAACUACUUAACAAAUUCUAAACUUAACACAAAGUUUCUGGAAGACCAGAUUGUGCACCAUCCCGAGACCGUGCCUUCAGAGAACUACUAUGCUUAUCAUUUUGUACCAUUCCCUCAAUUCCGGUUCAUUUUACUGGAUGCUUACGACUUGAGCGUCUUGGGCGUGGAUCAGUCCUCUGCAAAAUACCAGCAGUGUCUGAAGAUACUGAAGGGUCACAAUCCAAACUCGGAAUUGAAUAGUCCUCAAGGACUGUCCGAGCCCCAGUUUGUCCAGUUCAAUGGAGGAUUCAGCCAAGAGCAGCUGAACUGGUUGAACGAAGUCCUCACCUUCUCGGACACAAACCAGGAAAAGGUGGUGAUUGUGAGCCAUCUUCCCAUUUACCCAGAGGCCUCUGACAGUGUGUGCCUGGCCUGGAAUUACAGAGACGCGCUGGCCGUCAUUUGGUCCCACAGGUGUGUCGUGUGUUUCUUCGCCGGUCACACUCACGAUGGUGGCUACUCCGAGGAUCCUUUUGGUGUGCACCACGUCAACCUAGAAGGGGUUAUAGAGACGGCGCCGGACAGCCAGGCUUUUGGCACUGUUUAUGUCUACCCUGACAAGAUGAUGUUGAAAGGGAGGGGCAGGGUUCCGGACAGGAUCAUGAAUUAUAAGAGGGAGAACGCCUUCCGGUGUUAGCCUGGCUCACUGCGUUUCAUCUCGUUUGCCUUUGGAGAGAGAGAGCACAGCUGAGCUUUGUGUUUUUGUUCAUCUCCCCCCCGCCCCGAACCCUCAGGAUCCUUGCUUAGUAUUCUCUUUGCACGACAAAACGGAUCUGUGGCCUCGGUGCGCGUCAGCUCACGAGAUAUUGUGACGUGUCGUUUUUGGAUAACAGAUCCGGUGCUGAGAACUGGACACAGAAUGAAUGCAGGCGGCGUGAAUAAACCAGGGCAGAGACUGAGGGGGGUGGUCGAGUCCUCAAGACAGACUUCAUUUAGCCUGAUCUGGAAUUCUUUUUUCUUUUUUCUUUUUUUUUUUUUAAACCAAGGAGGAUAUAUUCAUGUAUUAACCAUGUAACUUAACGUUCGUAAUAAUAAAAUAAGCUCAGGUAAACUCUUUCUGUGUAUCCUGCUGUGUGAAUGAGCUUUGGACUUUUUUUUCUCAGAAUAUCCAACAUAGUUGUACAUUUAUCGGCUUGUACUCCUGUCCUGUAAACAAAGUAAGUUGUCUCACGGGUGAACGUGUGGUCCCUUCCACAUGAGGCCGUGAGAAAGGCCUCCGGAGAAGUCACGCGGUCCCCUCGUGAUUCUGAGUAAAGCGGGAUCAAGGGCCGGCACAGCCGUGCACCUGCUGGUGUGGCCCCUCUGAGCAGCAGCUAGUGCUGUGUGAGACUGCAGGGGGAAAUGAGUUUACUCUCCGCUCCCCGUGUAGACGAAUGGGGCACGUUGACUCGGCUGUCCCACGCGCUAAGGUUUCUUUGCGGAAGCAUUUACUAGAUGGCGAACGGGACCGUUGAAGCUUGGAGCAAGUUUGAGUCAGGGCCUAAAGAAACAUCAAGCGAGAAGACACCGAUACUAGUCAGCCUGAGUGCACCUGCCGAGCGCCUGGGCUCCGGGGGCGAGGGGUGUGUUUGUGUUCUGUGGCUGCUGUGGCAAACUACCCCCACGUUGGUGGCUUAGAUUGCGAGUAUCUGAUGUUUCUGGAGGUCGGAAGUCUGAAACCACAUUCCCUGGGCCAAGCUCAAGUUGUUGUCAGGGCCGCGCCCUCUCGGGGGUCUCUGCGGCAGAAUCUGUAUCCCAGCUUCUAGAGCCUCCAUUCUCAGAGCCACCAGUGCAGCCUCUUCAAGCCUCCCUCUGCCUCCCUCUCUCUCAUCGGGACGGCUGGGAUUACGUGGAGGCACCCCCUGGCCGAUCCAGGAUCGUCUCCCCACCUCAAGACCCUUAACUUAAUCGUGUGUGUGCAGUGUACUUUGUGAUGCAAGGUAACAGUCCCAGGCUCCGGGGGUCGGACCGGGCGAUCUUUGGGGGCCGUUAUU